GUGUCACCAUGGCAACCCCAAUGAGCAGUUGGAAGACGGCUCACCAGUGACCCACUGGUCCUCUUGGGUAGCAGUGCUACUCUGUCUGACCCUCCAGAGUGGUUCACCUGGGGAGAGCUGCUUGUGAGUGGCCGGUGCCCAGGCUGAAGCUGCGUACACCUCUCAGGAUUUUGCUCUCCAGGGUCAAGCUCAGACAUUACGGGUCCCAGAGCCAGAGUCAAUGGAGCUGAGCCGCCGAGAAGGUACAACCACUUUGACAAGGACCCACCCGAACAACAUGGAGGGCCAGCAGGACAUGGACUCCUGCAGAGCUGCCCGUAGCUCCUUGGACAGCUCCAAAUUUAAGGACCAUCCAAGACUCUCCCAGAGCCCUUUAGGCGGCCCUCUGGGCCAGAGCCACCUGGAGACCCCACCUCUGCCACCAACUCCUAUCUGCAGGACUUCUCUGGCUAUGAACUCACAUCCUGAGGACCUGAAGAAGGGAGCAUCCAGAUCCAGCUCCAGAGAUGCCAGGGAGACCUUCCGAGAGGCAUGUCUUGGGCCGGAAGGCCAGGACUCCAGGUCCUCAGAGCAGAGGACACUGCCUCUGGGCAAGAAGGACACCGCCAUUCCUGAAAACAUCCGCCACAAAUUUGGGAGCAAGAUGGUGGACCAACUGAUCUCUGAGGAUCAGGCUCUGCAGGCCAUUGGUGAAAUCUUUGAGGGCCAGAAGAGGUCAAGCUCAUGGCCUAGCAGGACCGAGAGCCCUAUGCAAGUCUCCUCCAUUUUCUCAGACUACUAUGACCUGGGCUACAACAUGCGGUCCAACUUGUUUCAAGGCCCACCCCAAGAGACAAAGAGCCUCAUGAAGGCUUCCUACACGCCGGAGGUGAUAGAGAAGUCGGUGAGGGAUGUGGAACACUGGCACGGGAGGAAGACGGAUGACCUGGGCCGGUGGCACCGGAAAAAUGCUAUGAACAUGAACUUGCAGAAAGCACUGGAAGAGAAAUAUGGAGAAAGGAGCAGGUCCAAGGGCAAGUAGUUGAAAGGACAUUGGAAGGGACGCUCGAGAAUGUUGCCAAUAAAGAAAUAAAGGCUCCGGUCUGA